AUGGCCAUGACUGCUGCCGAUACCUGUUCCAUGGAGGAGGUCUGCGAACCUGGAUUCGUCGACUUCCUCGUGGGUAUGCAGGAGAUGGUGGUUCUUGGUCUUGCAUUUGUACUUGGCUGGCUUCUUUUCCGCCCUGUGCUGUCGCUGCUCCUUGGCGUCCCCGUCCGACGAGCAGCCUCCACGGGCGAGCAGCGCAUUCCUCUAGGCUUGAACGAGCUGAAGCUCUCUGGGGAUGCGCAGUCACAGGACUUGUCUCUGACCAAAGCUGACGAUGAUUCAAGUCCAAAGGUGGCUACGUCGAACAAGGCACGGGAAAGGUCUGUGCCCUCCAUAUCAUCCUUCGAUGAAGAUUUUGGCCUCGGACCACCGGGGAAGAGCGAAGUGUCAUCCCAUUGUUUGGAGGACAUGAAACGACAGGAUUGUUUCAACGAUUCCGUUAAUGACAAAAGCUUUCCAGGCAACUUGGAUGUUCCUGGACAGCUUUAUCACCUCGCCCUCGCCCGGGAACGGGCCCGUCGCCAGGACAUCAAGGGCGCUGGAAACUGUAUCGAGGCUGUGCGCAGUGCUGGUGGGCAGGUCGACCAGCGGACCCUGCGCCUCUUUAUCGCCGCAUGUGCCCGGGCGGGCAAAAUGGAGAAGGCCGUCGCCUGCUUUCAGCGAGCAGCGAUGGAAGGUUCCGCCCCGGGUGCCCGAAGCUUCGUGUCGCUGAUCCGUGGCCUCUGCAGCCAGGGCUGCGUGCACGAGGCUCUCCAGUUCUUCAACCUAAUGCUGCAGUGGGGUUACCGACCCGAUGCAUCCCUCGUGGAUGCCCUCUUGGAAUGUUGCGUGGCCCAGGCCCAGCUGGAGCUUGCAGAGCACGUGAUCUCGGUCAUGGAGUCCUAUCAUCUCCGACCGUCGAACACGACGCUGGCUGCAAGUUUGAGGCUCUGCUUCGCAAGGGGGGAGCUCGACCAAGCGCUGGAGGUCUUUCAGGAUGCCGACUACAAGGGCCUCGCAUCCCGUAGCAUGUGCUUCAAGAGAGCUAUGCAUGCAGAAACGUACACGCUGAUCUGA